CCUGUCGCCCAUUUCUGAAGCAUUUCUUAUUGCCUACCUGCAAAAACUUCGUUUCCGCCGAGCUGCUCUCAGUUCUUCGCACAAUGGCAAAGCGUUUCGUCUUCACUGUGGGCCUGCUCGCCGCCGCCACAACCAGCACCGUCGCCAGCAAUGCAGUCGGUCCUGCGCCUGUGCUGUAUGUCGACCUCGCCCGAGAGGCCUCACUGCCUGUCCCAUUCACAGGGCGCGACAUCUUCGUGCCUUACGUACCCGCCUCGAUCGCCAACGUGAGCGUCGGAGCGUCCAGGAAUCAGCACGACGCCCUGGCCGCCACGCCGCACUUCCAGAUCCGCAAUGCCAAGCUGGCACGCACGAUUCUGACACCAGAUGCGCGCAUGGUGCAGCUCGUCUAUGAGCCCGGCUACGCCUUCGCGCACGAGGCCGUCACCUACUUCCCCAACACAGAUUCUCUCUACUUUUGCUCCGAUGCAGGCGGCCGGCUUGGCCGCUCCAACGCUUCGACCAACAACGUCGAGUUCCAGAUCCGCAAUAUAACCGACGUCGCGGCACGCGCGGCGAGCGGCCAGCCAACGUCGUUUGCGCAGGACGUCGAGGAGGUCAAGAUUGACUCGGACAGCGUACAGAUGAUCAAUGGCGGUAUGCCGUACGGCUCGGACCACGUCUUGCUCGCCACCUCCGGUCGAGGAGACACGCUGCCCGGUGGGUUAGCACUCGUGCCACGCGCCAACUCGACCAACCCGACGAUCCUCCUCAACAAUGCCUACGGGCGCCAGUUUAACUCGCCCAACGAUGUCGGCGUCCACCCGAUCAGCGGCCAGAUCUUCUUCACUGACGCUCUAUACGGCGCUGUACAAGGAUUCCGGCCAAACCUCUCCAUGCCACUGAUGACGUGGGCCUAUGACCCGUUGAGCGGCAACCUUAAAGCUCUCGACGACACGGUCACCGUGCCUAACGGACUCGUUAUCUCUCCGGACGGCAAGACGGUAUACAUCACUGACACCAGCCCUGUGGGAUUCCCUCCAAACCCGAAAGCCAGCAACAGAGCUUCCAUCAUUGCGUUCGACGUCACAUCCGAAAGCGUCCCUGGCUCCUCAACGGAGCACAUCACCGCGCACUCGCUUGUCAACCGCCGACUCUUUGCGUGGCCGGAAACAGGCUUCUGCGACGGCAUCACGGUAGACACGAACGGCAAUGUCUACUGCGGCACGCAGGACGGCAUCGAGGUGUGGAGUCCGCAAGGGCUGAGCAUCAUGAAGAUGUUCCUUCCCAAUGACGGUGCGGUCGACCUCGCCUUUGCAGGGCACGGCCGGAUCGCCGUCAGUGCGCAGGAGCGCAUCUGGCUCAUCGAAGGCCUUGCAGUCGGAGGGCCAGACUUCACUGCGCUGCCGCCGAAAGGCAAAAAGUUUGAGUCAGCGUGAAUUGGAGUGCUAGGAACGGCUCCAUCUCCGCGAACAGUACCUCUGCAGGGGCCAGCACAGGAAACAGCACCACGGUUGUCAUCGCCGCGGAGCAGAUCUUCCAGGGUUUUCUCUAAGCUCCCACGAAGCAUCGCUCGUCGCUUGCAACACCACCUUGCCUCCUGGCUUGACCGCGAGGACCAUCCUAGCGUGGUGCUGUAGCUAGAACUCACCAGGCAUGUUUAGAAUGUCAUCCGCUCGACCGUGCAGUGUUUCGAGACUUGCAG